UCCUUGUCUUCAGCAAAGCUUUCGGAAAUCUAAAACGACUUAAAAUCGAACUCCAGUUGAAGGCAAUAUAUCACGUCUUUGACGCCUGGAAUUGAACAAUUAUAAUCCACGGUUUCAACUGUGUCAAAUGUGGAAUACUAAUAACCUUUGUUAACAAAUGAACUCUAGGAAUAAUCAACGAUAUUUAUUAUCUCCAGGCUCCGUAAAUAAUAGCAUGUGAAUGAUCAGAUCAUAUCGAUAAAAGCUCUCUUUCAAUUUCCUGUCCAUAUAAACCACGCUGGUCGUACCCUUAAAGAAAAGCAAACACAUCUUUUCACUGAGAGGACCCAACCUGCCAAACAGAGCCCAACAUGCAGAAUUCAUCCGCUUUCAGCGUGGACUCUCUUAUGGGGAAGAAACCCGUCGAAACUAAAGCAAACGAUCUGGAAAAGGAAAGCGAAAGAAAGUCCGCUUUUUCCGUUGCCCCGCCGUUGACUAAGCGCGAAUUUCAUCCACCAAGCGUGUGUAACUGCCAGCCUUGUCAGCAAACUGCCGUGCCAACCGGGUUUACUGCCAUUAGUCAGAGUGUAGCGGAGCCUCGUUUUAUGUCACUCCAAUCCAUGGCUGGAGCAGUGACAGUCCCUGCUCCCGUCUAUCUUCCCAAAGCUCCCCAGAGACGCAAAAGAAAAGAGAGCAAGACCCGACGACAGCGUACGACCUUCACGAGCGAACAGACACUUAAGCUCGAGCUUGAAUUCCACCAAAACGAGUACAUCACUCGCUCUAGGCGUUUUGAGCUCGCAGCCUGCCUCAGUCUGACUGAAACACAAGUGAAAAUAUGGUUCCAGAACCGCAGAGCGAAAGACAAGCGCCUAGAGAAGGCACAAAUGGAUCAGCAGCUGAGAAUAGCAAGUUACGCUGCUGGAGCGGGCAUCACCUAUCCGUCAUCUUACUUCAAUUAUUACUCCCCCCACUACUACAAGAACAAUCCCGCCAUGCCCCAGGUGCCCGGCAGCAUCAGCCAGAGAGUUGUAUAAAGUUCAAACUUUGGGGAGAGGUGUCAGGGAAUCUUCACUCUUGUAAAUAUAACUUUCGUUUCUAUGAACGAUUUCGUUUUUAAAUGCUCACGGAGACAACUCACAAUUUACAUUUUAAAAUGUAAAAAUGGUCUAUACGCUGCCCUAAGUAAGGAGAUAUGAAAUGAGAUGUAAAGAAAUAUUUUACAAUGUAUAAAAUCAGUUGCUUUGAAAUCGACGAAACCUCAAUGAAUAAUAAUUUAGUAAAGCAGAAAAACACUGAAUUUGUAAUAGCAUAACAAAACGAAAAGGAUGGUUAUAAUUGCAGAAGACUAAGACCCAUAAGAAGAUUAAGAUCCCGAAAAUAGCGAACUUAGAAAGUUUAGCUAUAGAUUUAUUAAUAGAAGGUAUGCCAUCCAUACUUAUUUGAACUAGCUCGCGGUAAACAUGCAUAUAGACAUUUCUGGAUUUUUCAAGUUUCUCAGAUUGCAGCAUGACAAGAAAGAUAUUAUUCAGUUAGUGGCAGUUGACACACGGUAUACAUAGUUCACACAUCAUAAACCUGGUGGAUUCCACUACCAGAGGGGUCUUUGUAGUCCGGAAUCAUCUGCCCUAGGUAGACCAUCAAGGAAAAAAUUGUUUCCCGGCCGGCAGGCUAUGUUUGACUCACUGACUGAAAAAUGCCUCAGUUCUCGACACAUUUAGUAGAAUUAAAAUUUUUUAAGUGCAUCAUAAGUAUCGGCUUUUUAAAUUCACAAACGACGUUAUCAGGUUGUCUUUUGAAUUUUAUCUAUAUGUCUGGAUUUAUGAAAACCGUGUCAAUCUCAAAACAAGAAACCUGCCACUUUUCCACGAAAUACACUGGCUUUUCAAUCAAUCGACGCCUGUCAACCUGUCACUGCGGAACAUGGAAACCCACCUUGCUUGAAGCUCCUCAACUGAACACAUUUCACCUUGCCAGGCUUUCCUGCAAAGGAAAUGACGACUUUUUAGUUCCAAAAGCAACUCUUUGACCCACCCACCCCGCUCAGUUGAUGAUGACUUCCGGGCCCGAUCUGGUAGCCAGACCUUGCCCUCUAUGUGGAACUCCCCUUGAUAUUAUUCCCCUGGUUUUAAAAAGAGCAAGCUUUGCACCAUUUUGACAGCGUCUUCACAAAUCCAGACAUUACAGAGAUCAGUUAAACCUUGUUAGCAUCCCGAGCCUUUCUUUUCCCUUUUUUUUUCACUAUUGUCUCUCAAUCUCUCUAAUUACUGUUUGAAUUCACAACUCUAUGGAAAAUAUAUGCAGAAAAUAUUGAGGACAUGUUGAACUAAGGUACGCUCAGUGUUAGAUUCUAUUCAAUUCAAUGUUACUUUCAAACAUAAUUAUCGGCAACCAUGUUGAAACAAGAUGAUAAGGUCCCAAGUGGUUGAUUAACUUUGCCUGUAACUCACGUACAAAUCAUCGAGGGUACUUAGAAAUUUGAACACCGAAUGCGAAAGCAAUCACACUAACAGUGAAACACAAAAACUGCGACUAGAACUCAGAUCAUUGGAUUUGAUGUGACUGAUUCUCGUAUGAUCCGAUGAAGGGGCUUGAUUAUUAAAAGGAACAGGUUACAAAAACGACGAACACAACUCUAGAAAGGCGGCAACAGUUCCCUCUUUGAUAGCAAGUAUGAAAGUAAACUCCGUACCCGGGUUGCGCCCAUAAACAAUUCCCCAAUACAUCCGGGGCUUUAUACACCCAGGUGCAUGAGGGCGGAGGGAGGGACUGUGAGAGAAAAGUGUCUUACCCAAGAACACCACGCAACGACAUUGGGCAGGGCUCGAACUCAC